AUGAGUGAACUGCGUGGACAACCACCAAUUCUUCGACGGAGGAAGAACCAUGUCCCAGAUGACAUCGUACUCAACAACAUCCUUACAAGGGUACCGGUGAAAUCAUUGAUGAGAUUCAGGAUUUAUGAGACUGGAAUUCCUUCUGAUUUUGGGCUUGUCAAAAUAGUCGGUUCCUGCAAUGGCUUACUGUGUCUCACUGGUUUUAAUCCCAGUAAUGAUAAAUAUUCGUGUCCUCAUCCCAGUAUUGAUAUAUAUUUGUGGAACCCCAGCAUUAGAAAAUUCAAGAAAUUGCCUGAUACUUGCUUAGGACAGUUAAGGUGUGUUAAACUCAGAUUUGAUUAUCAUUCUGAGAAUAAUGACUACAAGGUUGUCAGGAUUUCAUUAUCUCCUUUGUCUGGACAUGAGAUUGAGGUGUACACGUUAAGUUCGGAUUCAUGGAGAAGGUAUGAAAUUUUGUUACCAACCAAUGUAGUGAUCUUGGAUAUAAGUUUUUAUUACCCAUUGGUUAGUGGAGCUUUGCACUGGAUGGCAUAUAUUAAUGGAGAGAAUCGCAGGACAGAAACUAUUAUGGCAUUUGAUGUCAAUAGUGAGAAAUUCAGAAAGCUAGAACUGCCUGAUAAUUCUAUGAUUUCUAAUGAUAGAUGUCUUGCAUUAUUCAAAGGGAAAUUGGCUUACAUUGAAUGUGGACGUAUUCAACCAUGUGGCUUCCAAUACUCCAUAUGGGUGAUGAGGCAGUAUGGUGUGGUUGAGACUUGGCAUAAAAUUUUUGUUGUACCAUUUCUCCAAGUAACUUCUUGCAUUGCCUUUACUGAGUAUGGUUCACUUCUGGUUUGGUGCAUCGAUCAUCAAGUAAAGAACAAGGAAUUUAAGUUUCUUUUAAUUGACACUGAAAAUCUACAUGAGAAGGAACUUGAUAUCCAAUUUCCUUCAAUCGUAACUAAUUUCAUGGACAGCCUUGUUUUACUUGAUGGAGCAAACGUGGUAUCUUACUAA